UUGAGGAAUUUUUAGAUGUGGAUGAGUAAUUCAGUUUAUUUGUAUCAUCCUGGUACCCAUCCUCUGAACUCUUUUCAACAAUUCAGUGUCCUUCCUAAGUAUGGAAGGUCAGACAGCUACAGAGUUGCAGUCACUCCAGAUGUUCCUGAUGAUGGGAGAACCCCUGAUGGAAAGCCUAAGUCCCAGAAACAAAAGAAGGGGAAAAAAGGAAAACCUGAUCUGGAAGAUCUCAAACAGGAAGUUUCAAUGGAUCAACAUAAGAUUCCAGUUGAUGAAUUACUGGGCAGGCUGAAUACCAACUUGGAUAGGGGACUCACGUCACAACAAGCCAGGGAGGUUUAUGAACGAGAUGGCCCUAAUGCUCUUAGUCCACCUAAAACAACACCUGAAUGGGUAAAAUUUUGCAAACAACUUUUUGGUGGGUUUUCCAUGCUGUUAUGGAUAGGUGCUGUUUUAUGCUUUAUUGCCUAUUCAAUUCAAGCAGGUACUUUUGAAGAACCUCCUGAUGAUAAUCUGUAUUUAGGUAUUGUGUUAGCUGUUGUAGUAAUUGUCACUGGUUGUUUCUCAUACUAUCAAGAAGCUCGUAGCUCUAGGAUUAUGGAGUCUUUCAAAAACAUGGUCCCUCAAUAUGCAACUGUUGUUCGUGAUGGCCAGAAAUUUUCAAUACCUGCUGAGGAGGUGGUGGUUGGAGACAUUGUGGAGGUGAAAGGUGGGGACAGGAUUCCAGCAGACAUAAGGGUUCUUGUAAGUCGAAGCUUUAAAGUGGAUAAUUCUUCUUUGACUGGAGAGUCAGAACCACAGACUAGAUCUCCAGAAAUGACUCAUGAAAACCCACUGGAAACAAGAAACAUUGCCUUCUUCUCUACUAACUGUGUUGAAGGGACUGGAACUGGAGUUGUAAUUAACACAGGAGAUAGGACAGUAAUGGGUCGAAUUGCCAACUUAGCUUCUGGACUGGAAAUGGGAGACACUCCUAUAGCCAGAGAAAUUGCCCACUUCAUCCAUAUAAUUACUGGUGUUGCUGUCUUUCUUGGUGUCAGUUUUUUCGUCGUUGCCUUUAUUCUUGGAUACCACUGGCUUGAUGCUGUCAUCUUUUUGAUUGGCAUUAUUGUUGCUAAUGUUCCUGAAGGUCUGCUUGCUACUGUGACUGUUUGCUUGACUUUAACAGCCAAAAGAAUGGCUGCCAAAAAUUGUUUGGUAAAGAACUUGGAAGCUGUAGAGACCCUAGGAUCCACUUCCACUAUCUGCUCUGAUAAGACAGGAACACUGACCCAGAAUCGUAUGACAGUUGCCCACAUGUGGUUUGAUAACCAGAUCAUUGAAGCUGACACUACAGAGGAUCAGUCAGGUGUGCAAUAUGACAAAUCAUCUUCUGGUUGGAAGGCCUUGUCAAGAGUAGCUGCUUUAUGUAGCCGUGCAGAGUUUAAAGGAGGCCAAGAAAAUGUACCAAUUUUGAAAAAGGAGUGCUCAGGUGAUGCAUCAGAAUCUUCUAUCUUGAAAUGCAUGGAACUUGCUGUUGGAAACAUCCAAGAGUUUCGAAAACGUAAUCCUAAAGUGUGUGAAAUUCCAUUUAAUUCUACAAACAAGUAUCAUGUGACUAUUCAUGAAACUGAAGAUCAAGAGGAUCCAAGCUAUAUUUUGUGUAUGAAAGGAGCUCCAGAAAGAGUUUUGGAUUUAUGUACUACAAUUUACAUUAAUGGAAAAGAUAAAAUCCUGGAUGAAGAUAUGAAGGAAGCAUUUAACAAUGCAUACCUAGAACUAGGUGGACUUGGAGAGCGAGUCAUUGGAUUUUGUGACUUUAAACUCCCAGCAGACAAGUUUCCACCAGGAUAUCCAUUUGACGCUGAUGAGCAGAAUUUUCCUAUGGGUAAUAUGCGUUUCUUGGGGCUCAUUUCCAUGAUUGAUCCACCACGUGCUGCUGUUCCUGAUGCUGUUGCUAAGUGUCGUAGUGCUGGCAUUAAGGUAAUCAUGGUAACUGGUGACCACCCAAUCACAGCAAAAGCUAUUGCAAAGGCUGUUGGGAUUAUCUCAGAAGGCAAUGAAACUGUUGAAGACAUAGCCCAACGAUUGAACAUUCCUGUAGAAGAAGUGAAUCCUAGGGAUGCAAAAGCAGCUGUUGUGCAUGGAUUUGAGUUACGAGAAAUGACCCUAGAUCACUUGGAUGAUAUUUUGAAGCAUCAUACUGAAAUUGUGUUUGCAAGGACCUCGCCACAACAGAAACUCAUCAUUGUUGAAGGUUGCCAACGUUUGGGAGCAAUUGUUGCUGUAACAGGAGAUGGUGUCAAUGAUUCGCCAGCUCUGAAGAAAGCUGAUAUCGGCGUUGCUAUGGGUAUUGCUGGGAGUGAUGUAAGCAAACAGGCUGCUGACAUGAUUCUGCUUGAUGACAACUUUGCAUCUAUUGUCACAGGUGUUGAAGAAGGGCGUUUGAUUUUUGACAACCUGAAAAAAUCCAUUGCAUAUACUUUAACCAGUAACAUUCCUGAAAUCAGUCCUUUUCUGCUGUUCAUUCUUGCCGAUGUACCACUCCCUCUAGGAACAGUCACAAUUCUGUGUAUUGAUUUGGGUACUGAUUUGGUGCCUGCUAUAUCACUGGCAUAUGAGCGCCCUGAAUCAGAUAUAAUGAAAAGAAGACCUCGUGACCCUCUGCAUGAUAAACUUGUAAAUGAGAGGUUGAUCUCUAUAGCCUAUGGACAGAUUGGUAUGAUCCAGGCUGCAGCAGGAUUUUUUGUUUAUUUUGUCAUUAUGGCAGAAAAUGGAUUCUGGCCAAAUAAACUACUUGGUAUUCGUAAACACUGGGAUUCAAAAGCCAUCAAUGAUCUGAAAGACUCUUACAACCAGGAAUGGACAUACUAUGAUCGUAAGAUUCUGGAAUACACCUGCCACACAGCAUUUUUUGUAUCCAUCGUGAUUGUUCAGUGGGCUGAUUUGAUCAUUUGUAAGACUCGCCGUAAUUCUGUUCUUCACCAAGGGAUGAAAAAUCAUGCUUUGAACUUUGGUCUAUUCUUUGAGACUGCCUUAGCUGCCUUCCUCUCUUACUGUCCAGGAAUGGACAAAGGUCUUCGGAUGUACCCACUAAAGUGA